AUGUUUAUAUUCUGCCCUUUCAAACAGGCUCCUGAAUGGGACGUGGCAUCACCGCAUCUAACUCAUUUCCAGCUUCCUGCUGUGCCUGACAGAAUGUCUGUGAGAGGCUCAGAUCAAGCUGCAGCGAGAUCCUGGACUGUAGCGGCUGCAGUUCAAACCAUGGAGGGGAAGGUUGAUUCAUUUCCCUCCCGACUGGUGAAUCUGGAGGGGAGAACAGGGUCGGUUGAGAAGAAAUUAGUCAACUGUGAGAAAAUAGUUGGGGAGUUUGGUAAUCAGCUGGAGAGUAAGUGGGCCGUGCUGGGAACUCUGAUCCAGGAGUACGGGCUGCUGCAGAGGAGGCUGGAGAACAUGGAGAACCUGCUGAAGAACAGGAACUUUUGGAUCCUGAGACUCCCCCCAGGCACGAAGGGAGAAGUCCCCAAGGUCCCAGUGACGUUCGAUGACGUCUCAGUGUAUUUCAACGAGCAGGAGUGGGGGAAUUUAGAUGAAUGGCAGAAGGAGCUUUACAAGAAUGUGAUGAAGAGCAACUAUGAGACUUUGCUCUCACUGGACUAUGCAAUUUCCAAACCUGACAUUCUGUCCAGGAUUGAACAAGGGGAAGAGCCAUGUGUCAGGGAUCAAGGGGACCCAGAGGAAAGGGAAGUGUCUACAGACACCAAGACAGGGUCCCAGACCGCAGGCUCCAGCCUGAGCCGGAGAAUCUCUACAGCGAUUUUGGAGCCGCAGAGCCCGAGCCCCUCUCAGCUGACCCAGGCCAGCCGCAGGUUUUUUAUCCAUAUGUCGAUGUACCUUAAAUGA